AUGAACUUCAGCAAUCAUACUAGUGAAAAAAACAUUCUUCUUGCUCAAGCAAUCAUUUAUGUACCAGUGUUCUUUAUUGGAGUUAUCCUAAAUGUGUUUGCUUUAAGGAUAUUCUGUUGCAAACUGAUCAAAUGGACUGAAACCAGAGUAUAUAUGACCAAUUUAGCCAUAACAGACUGUCUAUUUCUCUUCACUUUGCCUUUCAAGAUAGUUUUCAAUAUUUUAUAUAUAUGUGCAAUACCUAUAUACAUGAACAAAUUGUGCAUGGUUUUGGAGAUUUCAUAUUUUAUCAACCGAUACAUGAGCAUCUUUCUUAUUACCAUCAUUGCACUUGAUAGAUACAUCGCCAUAAGGUAUCCUCUCCAAGCAAAGAAUAUCAGGUCUCCUUUAAAGUCAGCUCUUGUCUGUGGACUUUUUUGGAUCAUAAUUAUAAGUAUUGUAUUUGUAUCCACAUAUUUGGAUAAAAAAAAGAGCAAAGCAAUUUGCUUUCAAACAAAUUACAGAAUACCAUCAGUGCCUUCUUUUGCCGCAGUAAUAUGGGGAUUUCUUAUACCUUUAAUUAUCCUGAGUUUCUGUUCUGUUCAAAUAAUUAAAAAACUCACAAGGAAGAAAAAGAUCCAUCUUCAUGAAAAAAAGCUCAUUCAGAAAGCAAUCAACAUAAUUCUGGCAAAUUUGACCACAUUCAUCAUCUGCUUUUUACCACUUCAUGUUGCAUAUUUCAUUAUAUACAUAGAUUCGAUUAAUGCUAGUGAUGCUAAACAAAAUCUGUCUCUAAAGGUUGUUAUUAUUCUUGCUAACACCAACUGCUGCUUGGAUGCAUUUUGUUAUUACUUUGUAAGCCAGGAAUUUCAGGAGGCUUCUCUAGUAUUAAAGACACAGAAUCAAGCACCUGAGAAUCAAGAUACUAAAAUUAUUUAG